AUGUAUUUACAAAUCUUCAAAGAAUUGAUCGUUGAAAUCGAAUAUGAUGCUGAUGACAAAGACGAAUUUAUUGAUUAUUGUACUGAAUACUGUCGUAAUAAUCCGGCUAGUUUAAAAGUUAUUGAUGAAUGUCGUCAAGAUUACAAUAAACAUUCUCCUAUUUGGUGGUAUCCUCGAGAUACAUUUCUAUUUAGAUUACUCAAUUCAAGUUUGCGAGAAUUAAAAUGUUUGAAUAUAUGGAAAUUAUGUUUCUUCGUCAAAGAUCUUCACGAAGCACUUAUACGCGAACAAAUCUCUAGUCCCGUUUCUGUGGCAAAACUAUAUCGCUGUCAGAUCGUGCCAAAAGUGAACUUUGAACGAAUGAAACGUAAUAUUGGUGGUCUCAUCGCCUUCAAUAGUUUUCUUUCGACAACUUCUUCAGAAGAUGUGGCAAGAAGUUUUGCAUCGAGCAUUGAUCAGAAUCAUGUCUCUCUCGUAAGUAUGAUCUUUGAAAUCGAUAUUGAUACUUCGAUAAAAACGUUUGUUCCAUAUGCUUCUAUCAAUCAUUUGAGUUCUAUGAGAGAAAGCGAAAUCUUAUUCUCAGUACCUUCUGUAUUUCGAAUUGGAAAAAUGAAACAAUUCGAUGAUGGUGUUUGGAAUAUACAAUUAAAAAGGACGGUAGACAAUGACCAACAACUUCGACAACUCGGAAUUUAUACUCGUCAGAAAGUUCUAGAAAAUCAAGAAGUUUCCGCAAUACUCGAUCAAGCAAGAACAAAAUCACUUGAGCAUUCUCAUGUCAUUGUUAGCCAUGAAAAUAUGCUCAAAUUUGUUCAACUUAUGCUUCAUAUUCAUCAAUUUGAUGAUGCACUACAAAUAUUAUUUGAACGCUGGACAGACUUAGUGGAUGAAGAUACAAUUACUUCUAGACAGACUCUAUCAGUCUUUCAAAGUUUUGUGAAUCCUGUGGAAAGAUUAUCGAAAGGAUCGAACACUGAUCAAAAUCGUUUAGAAUGGAUUGAAAAUAGACUUAAUGAUUCACCUCCUACUGAUACAAAUGAGUUAGCGAACUUGUAUAACUCAGCGGCUUGCUUAACAAACGAUCUUGAUAAAGAAUUAGACUAUUGUUUGCGUCAUUUCAAACUGCUUGAAGAGGCAGGCCAUAUGACAGCUACGACAUUUAUU